AUGGGAAAUCAGCAGUUUGAGGCUAAUGAAUCUCAAUCUAACAUUUCAUAGUAUUAUCAAAAAAUGCUCAAUUAAAAUAAAGAAAACAUUCCUUAUUAGUAUGAGAACACACCAAAAUUGUUGAGUGCAGAAAGUCGAAAUAAAUUGAGACCAACAUCGAAAAUAAAUUUAGAUUUGAAGUUAUGUUAAAAAUCUUCAGAAAAGUAGUUAAAUGGAUUAUAACAAGUAUGGUUAAAUGAUAAAAAUAAGAAAAUGUUUUAGGAAACUCCAAUAGUAAGAAAUCCUUUAGAGAAAUUACAUAGAAAGAGAAGUAGUACAAAAAUAGUUUAAGAGAAUGAUGAAUCUCAUAUUCAAUUAUUGGAUCUUCUAAAGAAUAUGGUGAGACAUUAGGAUUCGACAAUGUAGAGUAGUUAAGUUAAGGUUAGUGAAUAGUCAUGUUAGGAAUAUGAAAAGAAAAGAAUAUAGAUUGAUUAAGAUCAAAGUUAUAAAUCACAAAUGGAAGAUCGAGCAUUAUAAUAUAAUAAUAGAAGGAGAUCAAAAACAUUUGAAGAAUCAUUUAGAUAAUUGAUAUCAAAUGAAGAUAGAUGUCAACCAUUAAGAUAGAAUAGAAGAGAAAGCAAAGAAGAAGAGGCUCUUUAAUUUAUAUUAUAGAAUUGUACUUAGACUCAAUCAAGAAUAGAUCAAUAAAAUAGUAUAACAUUUGAGUCUUUGGAAAGUGAUUGGUAAGCAUUAACUAAAAAGAAUUCAAAAUAGUUAGAGACUCCUGGAACUGCUUAGUUUCAAGGAUUAAAUAAGGAUGAUAAAAUGUUUGAACUAUCUACAUCAAAUUUUAUUGAAUAAAACAAUGAUGAAUAUAUAGGUUCUAGGAGACCAUCUUGUAUGGAAUCUACGUUUUUGAUUCCUAUGGUUUUACAUUCAUAGAAUAGUUUAGAAUUUGAUGAUACUAAGGAUGUUUAUUAGAAUAUGAAAUCUACUUAACCUUAUGAAUAUAAGAAGAGUCCAAAAAUGAAUGGAUUAUUUUCGUAAUAAUAAUCAUAAAAUUAAUUAAUUAAAUUAGAUAGCAAAAUUAAUUCAACAAGUAGAGAUUUAUUUAAACCAAUAAAAAAGAUAAUUUAAACUUAAGCUUUAGGAUUGCCUAAUAAGGCUCCAUUAAAACAUAAAUCUCUUCAUUAACAUUCUGAUAAUACACUAUCAUUACCUUUAUAAAUGAUUAAUUCAAAAGGAAAUGUUGGUUUUAGAUAAAAUAUGAGUUUUGUUUAAAAUGUUCCAUAAUCUUCUGUUUCUUCAAAGAAUGGUAGAAAUUAUUAUGAUUCAAGAACAUUUAAGAAUAAAGGGAUAGUAACUCAUCCUGAAGAAUAAUGGUUAAAUAAUUCAAAAUUAGAAUAUAAGAAAAUAAUGUUAAUAUUAGAUGAAUAAUAAUAAUAAUAAUAAUAGAUAUAGAAUUUUAGUAUAUAAAAUAAAAGUGAGAUGAUUUCAAAUACUUUUAAUAGUUCAGAUAUAAAUUGUUCAUAAAGAUUUUAAUUAGAUGAUUUAAAUUAUAAAUUGAGACCACAUUUUGAAGAUAAGAAUACAUAAACUUAAUUAAAAGAUUUAUAAAAGAAUUUAAUAGAUCGAUUAUCAUAACCAAAAAGUAGAUGUAGUUCAAGAACAAAUGAAAAUAGUGGUAAUAAUCCUUAUUGGAAAUUAAGAGAAGUAGAUUAAUAAAAGAGAUAAAAAAGGAAAUGA